GUUGACAGUCGCCAUUUUAUUUUGAAAAAUCAAACUGCAUCAGGGAGAAAGCGACCUUUUAAUUGUGAAUAUCGUGAGCUGAAAAUAACGAAAAUGGUCAUCAGCACAUAAUUCCUGUUAUCGAGAUGUCACUUUUCCCAUUGACCUGAGGGACUCCACCUUGCAUUGAGAUACUGAGAGGAUCAGAUUGUUUGGAAGCCAAACUUUUCUCUGGGGGGGGAGGGGAAAAAGUAACCUAUCACUGCAGUGACUAAAGGGGAAUAAUGGUGAUUUUGCGCCGGGCUCGGCCGCCUGCUUCCGCCCCAACCAGCAAUGAAUCUUGACUCGCUCUCGCUGGCUUUGUCUCAAAUCAGCUACCUGGUGGACAAUUUAACGAAGAAAAACUACAGAGCCAGCCAGCAGGAAAUACAGCAUAUUGUGAAUCGUCACGGCCCUGAGGCAGACAGGCAUCUACUACGCUGUCUCUUCUCGCAUGUUGAUUUCAGUGGCGAUGGUAAAAGUAGUGGCAAAGACUUCCACCAGACACAGUUUUUGAUCCAGGAGUGUGUGUGUCUGAUCACAAAGCCAAAUUUCAUUUCAACACUUUGUUACGCCAUCGACAAUCCAUUGCACUAUCAGAAGAGCUUAAAACCAUCACCCCAUUUGUUUACUCAGUUGAGUAAAGUCCUCAAGCUUACUAAAGUUCAAGAGGUGAUAUUCGGCCUCGCUCUUCUCAACUCCUGCAGCUCUGACCUCAGAGGCUUUGCUGCCCAGUUUGUGAAGCAGAAGCUUCCCGACCUCCUGCGCUCCUACGUGGACGCUGACCUCGGUGGCAGUCAGGAAGGUGGCUUCCAGGACAUAGCCAUCGAGGUCCUGCACCUGCUCCUGUCCCACCUCCUCUUUGGACAGAAGGGCUUCAGUGGGGUCGGCCAAGAACAGAUCGACGUAUUCCUAAAAACACUGUGCAGAGAUUUUCCGCAGGAGCGCUGUCCUGUGGUGCUCGCACCACUUCUGUACCCUGAGAAGCGGGACAUUCUCAUGGAUAGGAUCUUGCCAGACUCUGGAGAGUUAACCAAGACCAUGAUGGAAAGUUCGCUCGCAGAGUUUAUGCAGGAAGUUGGCUAUGGCUUCUGUGCAAGUGUUGAUGAGUGCCGCAACAUUAUCCUGCAGUAUGGCGUGCGGGAGGUUACUGCAAGUCAGGUGGCCAGAGUGCUGGGCAUGAUGGCCCGCACCCAUUCUGGCCUGUCAGAUGGCAUUCCCAUACAGUCCAUCACCACGCCAGGCAGUGGCAUCUGGAGUGAUGGGAAGGACAAGAGUGACGGCUCCCAGGCCCACUCGUGGAAUGUGGAAGUUCUCAUAGAUGUCGUCAAGGAAGUUAACCCUAAUCUGAACUUCAAAGAGGUGACCUAUGAGUUGGACCACCCCGGGUUCCUGAUCAGGGACAGCAAGGGUUUGCAGAUUGUGGUGUACGGGAUCCAGAGGGGCCUUGGCAUGGAGGUCUUCCCCGUAGAUCUCAUCUACAGACCCUGGAAGCAUGCGGAAGGGCAGCUGUCUUUCAUCCAGCACUCCCUGAUGAACCCUGACGUGUUCUGCUUUGCUGAUUACCCCUGUCACACCGUGGCCAUCGACAUCCUCAAGGCUCCCCCGGAGGAUGACAACAGGGAGAUUGCCACCUGGAAGAGCCUGGACCUGGUGGAGAGCUUGCUGCGGCUGUCGGAGGUGGGCCAGUAUGAGCAGGUGAAGCAGCUGUUCAGCUUCCCCAUCAAGCACUGCCCCGACAUGCUGGUGCUGGCCCUGCUGCAGAUCAGCACCUCCUGGCACACGCUGCGCCACGAGCUCAUCUCCACCCUCAUGCCCAUCUUCCUGGGCAACCACCCCAACUCUGCCAUCAUCUUGCACUACGCCUGGCAUGGACAGGGCCAGUCUCCUUCCAUCCGCCAGCUGAUCAUGCACUCAAUGGCCGAGUGGUACAUGAGGGGGGAGCAGUAUGACCAAGCCAAGCUCUCGCGUAUACUGGAUGUGGCUCAGGACUUAAAGUCUCUCUCCAUGCUGCUAAAUGGUACUCCAUUUGCCUUUGUAAUUGACCUUGCUGCACUUGCCUCUCGCCGAGAAUACCUCAAACUUGACAAAUGGCUGACCGACAAAAUCCGAGAGCACGGGGAGCCCUUCAUCCAAGCCUGCGUGACUUUCCUGAAGAGACGCUGCCCCUCCAUCAUGGGCGGUCUAGCUCCUGACAAGGAUCAGCCCAAAAGUGCCCAGCUUCCCCCUGAAACACUGGCAACCAUGUUGGCAUGUCUGCAAUCCUGUGCUGGGAGUGUUUCCCAGGAGCUCUCGGAGACCAUCUUGACCAUGGCGGCGAACUGUAGCAAUGUGAUGAACAAAUCCCGCCAGCCUCCACCUGGAGUCAUGCCAAAGGGCCGCGCUCCAAGCACCAGCAGUCUAGACGCCAUCUCUCCUGUCCAGAUGGAGUCCCUUUCCAUGAGCUCCCUGAACCUGGGCACGUCUGCCACCUCCCACACCCCCAGCAUGCAAGGCUUCCCCACCCCCCUGGGGUCCGCCUUCAGCAACCCCCAGUCUCCAGCCAAGGCCUUCCCCCCUCUCACCAACCCUAACCCCAGUGCCGGCUUUGGAAUAGGUGCCCUCUCCACACAACUUCCCGGGAUGUCGUCGGCUGUCAGUGCUCCACUUGGCAUUGGCUCUGGCCUUGGGAUGCCAGCCGUCAACAGUGACCCCUUCGGCACCAGGAAGAGCACCCCAGGGCUGAACCCACCCACCUUUCAGCAGACUGACCUUUCUCAGGUGUGGCCUGAGGCUAACCAGCACUUUAGUAAGGAGAUUGAUGAUGAGGCCAACAGCUACUUCCAGCGCAUCUACAACCAUCCUCCGCACCCCACCAUGUCUGUGGAUGAGGUACUGGAGAUGCUGCAGAGGUUUAAGGACUCCAGCAUCAAGCGCGAGCGCGAAGUCUUCAACUGCAUGCUGAGGAACCUGUUUGAGGAGUACCGCUUCUUCCCGCAGUACCCAGACAAAGAGUUGCACAUCACCGCCUGUCUGUUUGGGGGCAUUAUAGAGAAGGGCCUGGUCACGUACAUGGCCCUGGGUCUAGCACUGCGAUAUGUUCUUGAAGCCUUAAGGAAACCCUUUGGAUCCAAAAUGUAUUACUUUGGCAUUGCUGCACUAGAUAGGUUUAAAAAUAGGCUAAAGGAUUAUCCACAGUAUUGCCAGCAUUUGGCAUCCAUAGCCCAUUUUCUACAGUUUCCCCACCAUUUACAAGAGUAUAUCGAGUAUGGACAGCAGUCACGGGACCCCCCAGUGAAGAUGCAGGGCUCCAUCACCACACCAGGCAGCCUGGCCCUGGCCCAGGCCCAAGCCGUGUCCCAGGCACCCAAAGCCCCCCAGCCCGGCCAGGCCAGCACCCUGGUCACCACCGCGACCACCACCACCACCGCUGCCAAAUCCACCACCAUCACCAGGCCCACUGCUGUCAACUUUAAAAAAGACGUGCCACCCUCUAUAAACACCACAAAUAUUGACACACUGCUCGUGGCCACUGACCAAACGGAGAGGAUUGUAGAGCCGCCGGAGAAUGUGCAAGAGAAAAUCGCCUUCAUCUUCAACAACCUUUCCCAAUCCAACAUGUCCCAGAAGGUUGAGGAACUCAAGGAGACUGUGAAAGAUGAGUUUAUGCCCUGGGUCUCUCAGUACCUGGUCAUGAAGCGCGUCAGCAUUGAGCCAAAUUUCCACAGCCUGUAUUCCAACUUCUUGGACACACUGAAGAACCCAGAGUUUGUCAAGAUGGUCCUGAAUGAGACUUACCGCAACAUCAAGGUCCUUCUUACCUCUGACAAGGCAGCUGCUAACUUUUCUGAUCGCUCCCUGCUGAAGAACUUGGGGCACUGGCUGGGGAUGAUUACUCUCGCUAAGAACAAACCCAUCUUGUACCAGGAUCUGGAGCUGAAGUCUUUGCUGCUUGAGGCUUACGUGAAAGGCCAGCAGGAGUUGCUGUACGUGGUACCAUUUGUUGCCAAAGUCUUGGAGUCCAGUCUCCGCAGUGUGGUCUUCAGACCAUUGAAUCCUUGGACAAUGGCCAUCAUGAAUGUACUGGCAGAACUGCAUCAGGAACACGACUUGAAGUUGAAUCUCAAGUUUGAAAUCGAGGUCCUGUGCAAGAACUUGUCGCUGGACAUCAACGAUCUGAAGCCCGGGAACCUGCUGAAGGACAAGGACACCCUGAAGAACCUGGAGGAGCAGCUGUCCGCACCAAAGAAAGAGACCAAGCCUCCUGAGGAGAUGCUGCCCUCUGUCGUUACCACAGGUACGGCAUUCACAGAAUCUGCUCUGUUUGCAGCCGCUCCCACGGCUCCGCCCACUACCACCACGGCAGCGUGCACGGCCACCGGUCCCCCCACCCCCCAGUUUAGCUACCACGACAUCAACGUCUACGCCCUAGCAGGCCUCUCCCCGCACAUCAACGUCAACAUCAAUAUCCCGUUGCUGCAGGCCCACCCACAGCUGAAACAGUGCGUGCGACAGGCCAUCGAGCGCGCGGUGCAGGAGUUGGUGCACCCGGUGGUGGACCGGUCCAUCAAGAUCGCCAUGACAACCUGCGAGCAGAUCGUCCGCAAGGAUUUUGCGCUGGACUCGGAAGAGUCGCGCAUGCGAGUGGCGGCGCACCAUAUGAUGCGCAACCUCACCGCCGGCAUGGCCAUGAUCACCUGCCGAGAGCCCCUGCUGAUGAGCAUCGCCACCAACCUCAAGAACAGCUUCGCUGCAGCACUUAGGGCUCCCACGCCUCAGCAGAGGGAGAUGAUGGAGGAGGCGGCGGCUCGUAUCGCCCAGGACAACUGUGAGCUGGCCUGCUGCUUCAUCCAGAAGACCGCCGUGGAGAAGGCCGGCCCUGAGAUGGACAAGAGGCUAGCCACGGAGUUUGAGCUGAGGAAGCAUGCCCGUCAGGAGGGCCGGCGUUACUGUGACCCCGUUGUCCUCACCUACCAGGCCGAGCGCAUGCCCGAGCAGAUCAGAUUGAAGGUGGGCGGUGUGGACCCCAAACAGCUGGCUGUCUAUGAGGAGUUUGCCAGAAACGUGCCUGGCUUCCUUCCCAGCAACGACCUGUCCCAACCCACAGGAUUCCUGGCCCAGCCAAUGAAGCAACAGGCCUGGGCGACGGACGACGUGGCUCAGAUCUAUGACAAGUGUAUCGCCGAUCUGGAGCAGCACCUGCACGCCAUCCCCCCGGCGCUGGCCAUGAACCCCCAGACCCAGGCCCUGCGCAGCCUGCUGGAGGCCGUGGUGCUGGCACGCAACUCCCGCGACGGCAUCGCCGCCCUUGGACUGCUACAGAAGGCUGUGGAGGGUCUACUGGAUGCCACCAGUGGUGCGGACCCCGACCUGCUGCUGCGCUACAGGGAGUGCCACCUGCUGGUACUCAAGGCCCUGCAGGACGGCCGCGCAUAUGGACCACAGUGGUGCAACAAGCAGAUCACCAGGUGCCUAAUUGAGUGCCGCGAUGAGUACAAGUACAACGUGGAGGCAGUGGAGCUGCUAAUCAGGAACCACCUGGUCAACAUGCAGCAGUACGACCUGCACCUGGCUCAGUCUAUGGAGAACGGGCUGCACUACAUGGCGGUAGCGUUUGCCAUGCAGCUGGUGAAGCUGCUGCUGGUGGAUGAGCGCAGCGUGAGCCAUAUCACUGAGGCUGACCUCUUCCACACCAUCGAGACACUCAUGAGGACCAGCGCACACUCCAGAGCCAACGCACCAGAAGGGCUGCCCCAGCUGAUGGAUGUGGUGCGCUCCAACUACGAGGCCAUGAUCGACCGUGCCCACGGCGGGCCCAACUUCAUGAUGCAUUCUGGGAUCUCGCAGGCAUCUGAGUAUGACGAUCCCCCAGGCCUGCGGGAGAAGGCAGAGUACCUGCUGAGGGAAUGGGUCAACCUCUAUCACUCAGCAGCUGCUGGACGGGACAGUACCAAAGCCUUCUCUGCUUUCGUCGGCCAGAUGCACCAGCAGGGCAUCCUGAAGACGGACGACCUGAUCACACGCUUCUUCCGCCUUUGCACGGAGAUGUGCGUGGAGAUCAGCUACCGUGCCCAGGCCGAGCAGCAGCACAACCCUGCCGCCAGCGCCGCCAUCAUCCGUGCCAAGUGCUACCACAACCUGGACGCCUUCGUACGCCUCAUUGCGCUGCUGGUCAAGCACUCAGGAGAGGCCACCAACACUGUCACCAAGAUCAACCUGCUCAACAAGGUGCUGGGCAUUGUGGUGGGCGUGUUGAUCCAGGAUCACGACGUGCGGCAGACGGAGUUCCAGCAGCUGCCGUACCACCGCAUCUUCAUCAUGCUCCUGCUGGAGCUCAACGCCCCCGAGCACGUGCUGGAGACCAUCAACUUCCAGACACUCACUGCCUUCUGCAAUACCUUCCACAUCUUGAGGCCUACGAAAGCUCCCGGGUUUGUCUACGCCUGGCUGGAGCUGAUUUCUCACAGGAUCUUCAUCGCCAGGAUGCUAGCACACACCCCACAGCAGAAGGGUUGGCCCAUGUAUGCACAGCUGCUCAUUGACCUGUUCAAGUACUUGGCACCCUUCCUCCGAAACGUGGAGCUGAACAAACCUAUGCAAAUCCUCUACAAGGGCACCCUCCGCGUGCUUCUGGUCCUGCUCCACGAUUUCCCAGAGUUCCUGUGUGACUACCAUUAUGGCUUCUGUGAUGUCAUCCCUCCCAACUGCAUCCAGCUGCGGAACCUGAUCUUGAGUGCCUUCCCCCGCAACAUGAGACUUCCGGACCCCUUCACGCCCAAUCUGAAGGUGGAUAUGCUAAGCGAAAUUAACAUUGCGCCGCGCAUCCUCACUAACUUUACGGGAGUGAUGCCGUCUCAGUUCAAGAAGGACCUGGACUCGUACCUGAAGACUCGCUCUCCGGUCACUUUCCUCUCCGAGCUGCGCAGCAAUCUGCAGGUAGGGGGCGCCAGUCUGGGUCCCUGGAAGCACUUACAGCAAAGCGACACAGCCUUAGACCAGGUGUCCAACGAGCCUGGCAACCGCUACAACAUCCAGCUGAUCAAUGCACUUGUGCUGUACGUGGGCACUCAGGCCAUCGCCCACAUCCACAACAAGGGCAGCACCCCCUCCAUGAGCACCAUCACACACUCGGCACACAUGGACAUCUUCCAGAACCUGGCUGUGGACCUGGACACUGAGGGGCGGUAUCUGUUCCUGAACGCCAUCGCCAACCAACUGCGCUACCCCAACAGCCAUACACACUACUUCAGCUGCACCAUGCUCUACCUGUUCGCAGAGGCUAACACUGAAGCCAUUCAGGAGCAGAUCACCAGGGUGCUACUGGAGAGGCUGAUUGUCAACAGGCCACAUCCGUGGGGCCUGCUCAUCACCUUCAUUGAGCUCAUCAAGAACCCGGCCUUCAAAUUCUGGAGCCACGACUUUGUCCAUUGUGCUCCAGAGAUUGAGAAGCUGUUCCAGUCGGUGGCUCAGUGCUGUAUGGGCCAGAAGCAGGCACAGCAGGUGAUGGAGGGCACAGGUGCUAGCUAAGGCUGUGGAGCCACCAUCUCUCUUCUGAGGUCAAAGAGAACCAGCCCCAACCCACUCAACACACCCAUGCCCUCCUCAUCACUGUCUGCACUGAAAUAAACUGGCUUUUUCUUUUUCUUUUUCCUUUUUCCUCCCCAUUUAGAGUUUGGAUUAUUUUUUUGGACAAAUAAAAGAUGACUUUUUUCCCUAUGUGGCAAGGACAAGUGAUGUGAAAUAAGUUGAAGCUUUGUAAAUAUUAAAAGGGACUACACAGGAGAAUGUGGCCUAUGUUGUGUGAUAGACUUUAAUUUUACUACACGACACCGGCACUCUGAGAAGAAACCAUUAGCAUGCACAAAUACACAGAACAUAUUGACUUCGCCCCGACUCCAUAGAGUUUAGGGGGACUUAUUUUUUGCCUUUGAGAAUGAUUGGUUUUUGUUCCAGAUGUUUAUGGUGGUAACUUGUAGAGCUGCCGAAUUUCUGUUUGAUUGGUGUUGGUGGGAAGCAGGCAGUGAUGGAGGUCUCGAUAGAGCUGGACAGGUGUGUUUUUUGUUUUGCUUUUUUUUUUCCUUUUACCUUUUUUCCCUUUUUUUGAGUGCGGGAUUGGGGUCAGGUAGCACCAUUGUAAAUGCCGGAGUUAUAGGUUCUCCCAUGGCACGUGUAAAAUUGUGGAAUACUCAGAAAUUUGGCAAUUUGAAUCUUGACUUUGUAAAAAUAAAAGAUCCAAAUUGCUGAACAAAUGGAGGACCAAUACAGCCCAUUUUGUAAGGAUUUUGAAUGUUUUGUAAAUGUAUUGGUCCGAGUGUUGUAUUUUGUAGUACUUUCUAGUUGCCUUUAGUUCUUGCUACUUAUUUCCUGUAUGUAUGCAUUCUGUAGUUACCGCAUUAAACACUUGAACUGCA